AUGGAAACUCAAAGAGCUAUUUUUAUUGAAGAUGAAAAUGAUUCAGACACUGAGGAAAAUUUUGAUUUUGAUGAAAUUUUGGAAAACAAGGAACCUGCUGAAAAGGAAAAUAUGCUGAGAGAUACAACUAUCUUACCAUUCACUGACUUGAAUGACAAGCAAGUCUCACCAAAUCAUGAUCCAACAACUGAAGCUCCACAAAUUGCACCAGAAAAUAUGCAGACAGAUCAACAAGAACAGCAGCCUUCCAACCCAGAACUGAGAAGGUCACAAAGAACUAAGAGACCUGCUCUAUCAAACAAUUAUUAUGUCUACCUGCAAGAAUCAGAACAUGACAUCAAUACCAUAGAAGAUCCUCUGUCUUAUAAGCAGGCUAUUCAAAGUGACAACUGUGAUAAGUGGAUAGAAGCAAUGGAGUCUGAACUCCAGUCAAUGAGCAAGAAUGGUGUAUGGAAGCUUGUUGAUUUACCUCAAGGAUGUAAACCAAUAGGAUGCAAAUGGGUUUACAAGACUAAAAGAAACUCAAAGGGACAAAUAGACAGAUACAAGGCACGACUAGUAGCAAAAGGGUUCACACAACAAGAAGGAGUGGAUUACAAUGAAACUUUCUCACAUGUGUCAACAAAAGAUUCCCUAAGAGUUAUAAUGGCAUUAGUGGCACAUUUUGAUCUUCACCUUCAUCAAAUGGAUGUUCAAACUGCAUUUUUGAAUGGAAACCUUAUUGAAGAAAUCUACAUGAAACAACUGGAUGGUUUCAUUCAAAAAGGGGAAGAAGAUUUGAUGACUGAUUUAGGAGAGGCAAACUAUUAUGUGCUAGGAAUUGAAAUAAGCCGAGACAGAGAAAGGGGGCUACUUAGUCUAUCACAGAAGGGAUAUAUAGAAAGGAUACUGAAAAGGUUCAACAUGGAAAACUACACAGGUUGUGAUGUUCCAUUCUCGAAGGGUGAUAAAUUGAGCAAUGAACAAUCUCCCAAAACUGAGCAAGAGAAGUUGGAGAUGCAGGACAAGCUCUACGCCUCACUUGUUGGAAGCUUAAUGUAUGCUCAAGUUUGCACAAGGCCAGACCUUGCUUUCAGCAUUAGUGUUCUUGGAAGGUUUCAAUCCAAUCCAGGCCAAGCACAUUGGGUAGCAGGCAAGAAGGUCUUGAGGUAUUUGCAGAGAACUAAAGAAUACAAGCUAUCGAAGAGAGGAGCAGUGGCUUGGAGAAGUGUCAAACAACAAUACAUAUCAACCUCAACCAUGCAGGCUGAGUUUCUAGCAAUUUAUGAAGCAACUUCAAUGGCUAUGUGGCUCAAAAAUUUUAUGUCAAUGUUAAAGGUCGUGGAUUCCAUACAAAGGCCAAUCCAAUUAUGGAAUGACAACAGUGCUGCAGUUUAUUUUGCAAAAGGAAAUGAGAAGUCAGGAGGAUUAAGACACCUGCAGUUAAAGUUUUUAUCAGCUAAAGAAAAAAUCCGAGAUGGUCAUACAGCUUUAGAUCAUAUUGGAACAGAUUUUAAUAUUGCAGAUCCACUGAACAAAGGCUUGCCUAAUCAUGUUUUUCAUAGACAUGUUAAAAGCAUGGGUUUGCAUAUCAGUUUUGAUGUUUAA